UUUUGCCAUAAUCAAGAAAGAUGAUGUGGCGUCAACUUGCGCGAAGCUCAGCGGCGAUGGCGCGUCCGUCCAAUUCCCGAUUCUUCUCUGCGCAUGGAGACAUUCCACGAGGAGCGUUUGCGAAGGUGACGGAUUCCGACAUCGCGCACUUUCGAAGCGUGUGCAGCGGCGUGCUCACGGACGCCGACGAGGUCGCGCCGUUCAACUCGGACUGGUUGAACAAGUACCAUGGUCAUAGUUCCGUGGUGCUGCGACCUAAGACGACUCAGGAAGUGUCGGACAUCCUCAAGUACUGCAACGACCGGCGGUUGGCAGUGGUGCCGCAAGGCGGGAACACGGGUCUGGUGGGUGGAAGCGUCCCUGUCCACGACGAAGUGAUCCUCUCGACGGGAAACAUGAACGUCAUUGAGUCCUUCGACGACGUGUCCGGCAUUGUCGUUUGUCAAGCAGGGUGCAUCUUGGAAACGCUCGACACCCACGUGGGCAAGUCUGGAUACAUGAUGCCGUUGGACUUGGGCGCCAAGGGAACAUGUCAAAUCGGCGGGAACGCGUCCACGAACGCCGGCGGGCUCCGCUUGCUUCGAUAUGGAUCGCUUCAUGGAUCGAUUCUCGGCAUUGAAGCCGUGUUGGCAGAUGGCACCAUUGUCGACUGCUUGAGCACCAUGCGCAAGGACAACACAGGGUACGACUUGAAGCAGCUGUUCAUUGGGUCUGAAGGGACGUUGGGGGUCAUCACCAAGCUGUCCGUGCUCACACCACCGCGUCCGGCGUCCAUCAACGUCGCGCUGGUGGGAUGCAACUCGUUCGACGCGGUCCAGAAGACGUAUGUGGCGGCGCGGCGGCAUCUCGGCGAGAUCCUCUCGGCCGUCGAGUUUAUGGACAGGGCAUCCCUCGACAUGGUGCUACGAUCUCAGUCUACCCUCGUCGAUCCGCUAGAAACCGCCUGUCCUUUCUACGUCCUCCUCGAAACCGCGGGAAGCCGCGCCGACCACGACAUGGACAAGUUGGAUGCGUACCUGGCGCAUGUCCUCGAGAGCGGCGACGUGGUCGACGGCACGGUCGCGCAGGACGCCCAUCAAGCGCGCAAGCUGUUUGGCAUCCGCGAAGACAUUACAUUAGCAUUGAGCGCGACAGGCUACGUGUACAAGUAUGACGUGAGCGUUCCUAUGGACGCAUACUAUACCAUAGUCGAAGACACGCGAAACCACUUGAAAGCAUUCGACGACGUUCAAGUUGUCGGGUACGGCCACCUCGGCGACGGCAACAUGCACUUGAACAUCUCGACUCCGACAUACAACAGCCAAGUCAUGGCCGCCAUUGAGCCGUUUGUGUUUGAGUGGACUGCGGCGCGCCGCGGAAGCAUCAGCGCCGAACAUGGCAUUGGCACGCACAAGCCGGCGUUUCUGCACUUGUCCAAGGUCAAAAAUGCCAUCAAUAUGAUGCACCAGAUGAAAGCAUUGUAUGACCCCCGUGGGAUUCUCAACCCAUACAAGGUACUACCGAACGUACACCAAGACUAGUGUCAGGGGACAAAAGAGUUAUUCCAUUUCUAGUAGUAACGUUAAUGGUAAAUAAUUGACUCGUUAGACCGGUGUCACUUGGUGAA